AUGGAAUUUAUGCCGCAACAGCCCGAAAAACCGCCAACUUUGGCGAUUCCCGAGGAUGAGGUGCUGAAAUUGGUUAACUUCACCGACCCUUUUCGAUGCGAGGAGCCUGCUGUAGUGCAGCAAACUUUGACGCCGGCUGGCCCAUUGGUUAGUUUUGAAGCAAUUCGCCUUCGGAAGGCCACCCUCGAUUCACCCUCCACAAGCAGUUCUGGCGCCCCUGAAGACGUUAAGCCGAAUUUUCUACAAUUUGCGGGAUUCGCUACUCCUACAUCCAACGAUUCCCAAAUCCCAGCCGAAGCCGGCGAACAGAAAGCGACUAUCGCCGGUGUCUUCAACUUUCUAAGCUCCCAAUUUGGUGCCGACACCGAUGGACCGGACAGGCGGGCCCGACUUUGGAGACGCGCUAAGCUGACGGCCCAACGAAUGAAUGAGACGCAGACACCGAAGGAUGAUUUGCGAAAGAACCGCACUGUCAGAUUGCCGCGCCAGCCGCUCGGCACGGAUCCGCAGACCCGCAGGAUGGAACGCCAGAAAAGGGACCGAGAACGGCAAGCAUGGAAUCGCACGAUGCAAUACGCGAUGGAGACGCCGGAGCAACGGGAGGAGCGGCGAAGGGUGCUGCGAGAACGAGCUUAUGCAGCGCGAGAUCGCCGCUUAGCUGCCGAGUCUCCGGAGCAGCGCGAAGAGCGGCUGAAGGCGUAUCGAGAGAAAGCUUCAAUGCGCAGGGCUCUGCGAGACGCGUCUGAGACUCCGGAAGAGCGAAAAAUUCGUCUGAAAAGAGUUGCUGAAGCGGCUGCAAUGAGGAGGGCUUCUUCUCGACAGCGCGACAGCCAGCCACCAAGAAAGGAGAGCGAGCAUCAGAGGCAGAGCUUCACCCCGGAAGUUCUUUACAGUCACCAGCCAGUCAAGCAGGAGCCCGUAGAGGAAAAGCCUUUCCCGUCGACCCCGCAAAACACUUACUCGCCCCUGCUCGAGCUCAGGAAGGACGAAAACAGCCAGCGCUUCAGGCGCGAGACGUCCGAGGAGCGCGAGCUGCGCAAAGCCAAGAACCGCGAAAAAUUGCGGCAAACGAGGUCCCAGCGGGCCGCGCGCGAGACACCCGAGGAGCGGCAAAUUCGUUUGAAGAAGAUUGCGGAUGCGGUGGCGGUUCGCAGAUUCGUCAAACAAGCCCUGGAGUCACCCGAACAGCGAGAAGAGCGCCUGAGAAUUCAGCGCGAAUAUGUUGCGGCUCGGCGUAAAGCCAAGCUGGAAGCCGAGACGCCGGAAGAGCGUGCCGAGAGGCUGCAGCGAGAAGCCGCACAGAAGAAGAAGCUCGAUCAGGAACGACGCAACCGCCUGGCCGCCGAGAAUCGUGAGUUCUACCUGGAUGUGCGUCGUUUUGUGCCGAGGGAUCGCAGCGUUCGGGAUCCCUACAACGAGAACGAGAAUUUCGACGGCAACUCGAAUUCGGUGGCUGAUUCCGGAGAAACGGCAUUGCCGGAGUCGCCUGAACCUGAUGAUGCCGAAGAAGAUCUCCCGAUCGACGGACAAUGGGGCAAAAUCCUGAAAUGGGCCGAGGGCACAAAUCAAGCCGAAAUUUCCGAA